UCUCAUUUUGCUGUCAAUACAUAUUACAUACAAACAGUUUGUGUGAAUUCAAUGUGAUUUAUAUAUUGAUGUGAAUAUUAAGUCCACAACCGAUACCCGAUUGCAUGAAAACAUGAAAAUGGUUUUAACCCAAAGACAGCGCGAAGAGCUGAAUAACGCGAUCGCAGACUAUCUCUAUUCAAGCGGUUUCUCCGAUGCUUUCGAUGCCUUCAAACGAGAGGCAAAACUGGUUAAUAAUCCCACUGAUAUCGACAAAUCACAGUCAGGAAUGCUGGAGAAGAAGUGGACAUCAGUUAUACGGUUAGUGAAGAAGAUCACAGAAUUGGAGGAAAAGCUGAAGGAUGUGGAGAAGGAGUACAUAUCGGGCGCUCCCAUGCGGGACAAGCGAUCGCCCACCGAAUGGAUACCCAGACCUCCCGAGAGAUUUGAUCUUCAGGGUCACAGGAAUGCUAUCACUAAAGUGGUGUUUCACCCGUUUAUCACGUGCUUCGCGUCUGCCUCAGAGGACAGUUCGAUAAAGAUUUGGGAUUACGAGACCGGAGACUAUGAACACACGCUUAAGUCACACAUAGACGCAGUCCAAGACAUAGCCUUCAACUCCAACGGCAAACUACUCGCCUCCUGUUCCGCAGACAUGACUAUUAAGAUAUGGGACUUCCAGUCAGUCCAGCCCGUCUGCAUUAAGACCCUUCACGGACACGACCACAACGUCUCGUCCGUCACGUUUCAUCCGGCGGGCGAUCACUUGAUCUCCUGUUCGCGGGAUAAGACGGUUAAGAUGUGGGAAGUGAUGACCGGUUACUGUAUUAAGACAUAUACCGGACACCGGGAUUGGGUGCGAAUGGUUCGCGUCCACAAAGACGGCGCCCUAAUGGCCACCUGUUCUAAAGAUCAUACAAUAAUCAUUUGGACGCUCAGUAAUAACGAGCACAUUGUGUCCAACGGAGACAUUAAGGCGACGCUCAAAGAUCACGACCACUGCGUUGAGUGCAUCGCUUGGGCGCCCGACUCGGCCUCCAAUUCCUUAAACGAAGCGAUAGAAGACCGUAAUAAUCAACGAAAUAAUAAGCUUUUCGGUCCAUUCCUGGCCAGUGGUUCGCGCGAUAAGACUAUUAAAGUAUGGGACGUGAGUGUAGGCGUGUGUCUGUUUACACUGAUAGGACACGACAAUUGGGUGCGGGGUCUGUGUUGGCAUCCCGGCGGCAAAUUCAUAGUCAGCUGUUCCGAUGACCGCACGAUCAGAGUUUGGGAUAUUUUGAAUAAAAGGCUGAACAAGACAUUAGAGAGCGCCCACACCCACUUCUGUACCUCAUUAGACUUUCAUCCGACCUCUCCGUACGUAGUGAGCGGUUCGUGCGAUAAUCACAUCAAAGUAUGGGAAUGUCGUUGAGAUUUGUUGUGUAAUUUAUUUUUAGCAAAUGCUUUAGUUUUUAAAUCAAUUGAUUUCUACCCAUAAAAAACUCAUCACUAUUUUGUUCGAAACGAAUCCUAUUUUAUCGAUUUGUUUGGCUUAAGAAAUGUUUAUUUUUUCAAACAAUUAUUUUCAGCGAUUUGACGUUCAUUUUAAAUUUAUAUAUAAAUUAAAUAAAAGGGAAAAUCUGAUGAAUUGAUUUUAAGAUUUAGAUCUCAGGCUUCACAUGAAAUGCAAAUUCGCGGAGAAUUUGUUUGUUUGCAUCGAUUUAAUGAACAACUAUUCAAACGAUUUUUCUGUACAUAACUCUUGAGACCUAAUAAUAUGUACCAUAAGUUAUAAAUGUAUAUAUUUAUGAAUACAUAACUAUAUUAUAUAAUAUGAUAAUAAACAGAGACC